CCAAUAUUUAUAGGGAAGGGUAAGGUAGCAUAGAAUGCAAGUUGCAGUGACUAAAUCUCUUAUUAAUCUCUCCAAAAUGGCUCAAGUAGGGUCUGUCUCUGCGGAUACGACUGAAACAUUGAGGCAAGUCCUAAGUCUAGUGGAAGCAUUCAGAGCAUUCGAUGCAGACAAUGAUGGGGCAAUAACGAGUGCAGAGUUGGGUGGGAUCUUGUCUUCACUGGGGUACAACGCUAGUGAACAAGACGUGAGGGCAAUGAUGCAGCAAGGGGACAAGAACAAGGAUGGGUUGCUGAGCAUGGAAGAGUUUUUGGAGAUGAACACCAAGGAUAUGGAGCUAACUGGAUCCCUUUCCAACUCCCUCAGGAUUGCUUUUGAAGGUUUUGAUUUGGAUGGGGAUGAGAGUGUCACCGGGGAGGAGCUGUUCCAAGUGAUGGCAAAUUUUGGAGCGGAGAUGUCAUUGGAGAAUGCCCUGGCGGUUAUUGCUUCAAUGGAUGGAGAUGGGGAUGGAGCUGUCAGCUUUGAGGACUUCAAACUUAUAAUCAACUGCGUUCUCUGAAAAUAUCAUCCAUACAUACAUAUAUCUAUGUCCAACUAAUACUUCCUUGUAGUAAAAGUUGAAAUAAUGAAGUUAAGCUCUUCAGAGCAUUGUAUUUUCUGUCUAAAAAUAGUUAUAACAAAUAUUAUCCUAUUUA